AUGAGUAUUGUCAAAAGGUUCCUCGUCCAAGCUGUGGUUACUGGGGUCUCUCUGGGGCAGUUUUGCGAACACCAGUGGGAGGGAAAAUUCGCGAAUCAUGAGGUAGAUGGCGUUCCGUAUCUACAAGCGAGACAAGAUGUCGCACCGCCUCCGUUAGAAAUCAGACCCCUCAUCGUGAAUGGGCCAUCGAGUAAUCGCGUCGAUCUUAUUUUCUUCGGUGACGGAUAUACUAAGGAUCAGAAAGACAAGUUCUUCGCUGAUGCCCUGUUCCUUGCGAAUAAUAUUACCGACGGGCAGACCUUUUUCGAUGUGCUUCCUAUUCUAAACUUUUGGGCCGGAUUCUCACCAAGUAACGAGAGCGGUGUUGGUACUGGCGGAAAGCCCCUAGACACUGUCUACGGGCUUUAUCGUGACGGCACUGAACUUCGUGGGGUAUACUAUGAUAAACCCGAAGUCGCGCGUGCUGCGUGUCAGUCGACAGACGCGUGCGACUUUCCUAUUCUCCUCGGGAACGACCCUUUAUACGGGGGACUCGGUGGCACAUUUACCGUUACGACCGCAUCGCCUAAUAAUGGACCUGUGAUUAUUCGCCACGAGUUAGGUCACUCGAUCAUCGGCGUAGGCGAGGAAUACGACGGAGGGCAGGUUUACACUGGCGUCAAUUCGGCCAAAUCCACCAACUCCGUUCCCUGGACGCAGUGGUAUACGGAUGCGUCGGCGGAGCCUAAGAUCCAAAGGACGAAUAUGCCGAUACAGGCAUAUCCUUGGGCACUACUGAAUACGUCGCAAAGCUGGAGUCAGACUUUCAUGUCGGCAGGCACAUAUUCUACUCAUCUCCUUCAAGUCAGUGUAAGCGGUGUCACAGCGACUAGCGACUUGUUGGUAGAAAUUGAUGGGAUGGACGCGGGCUGGGAGUGGAAUCCCGCGGUCGGAGAGGAUCGGUAUAUUUACAACAUCAAGAGGGGUGAGGCGCUCACUCCAGGGGAACACGAGAUUAAAUUUACAUUAAUGAACGAGGAGAGGCAAGGAAGUGCACAGCUCUGUAGUUUCGAGGUGCUUGAGUAUGGAGAUGAGGGAGAGUUCGACUUUGAGCCACGGUAUCACGGAUUAUAUCCAACAUUCGACUACAAAAAUGCCACCUCGUACAGGCCUACCAACGAUCUUUGCCUAAUGCGCGACACCUAUUCGGCGAAUUUCUGCGACGCCUGCAUAGAAGGAUUGUGGCUAUCCCUGCUCGGGCGACUCAAUCUAAUUGACAACAUCACACAAGAAGCCCAGCCAGACGGCUCAACGAACGCCACUCUCAACUUGUUUCCUCUUGCGGACCUCAGGCAAGUGCCAAACUCGCAUCAGGAAGCUUAUACGAUAUUGUGGUACGGUGUCGAUGGGACGACAGUCCUGAAGAAUUGGACUAACAGCACGACUGCACUUCUGGGGCCAGACAUCACGGAGUUUGGGGUUGAGGUUAGGUUCUGGACGGAGCAGAUCGGACUCUGGUUCAAGCCACUAUUUGACGUCCGUCUAAGCAGACAGAAGCUGGACGAUUUAAAAACAUACACGCUAUGGUGGUGCCAGUUCUUUGAAUCCACUGUGUCGGAUUUCGAAGUCAUCCAUGAAGCAUUCGACGCCAACCCAUGCGGGAUGACAAUCACACUAGAUGAGAAUAUUCAAGCGUAUCUCCACGCUCAUAUAUGCUUCAAGAUCGAACCGUACUAUCUGCUAGACUUGAAAAGAUAUGACUCGGAGGAUAUCGAAAUGUUCCUCGGCUAUAUUCUAUGGCGUGUUUCCGGAGACCUGGAUGCUAGGAAGGGCCAGAUACCCGAAUGGGAUGGCCUUAAUAACAAUGUCCGCCGGUUUUGCCUCGAAGCUGGUUGCCCGCGUCUGGUUCCCAACCUUUUUCUGAAUAUCGAUAAUCUACGUGAAGUUGCGCUUGUUGCCAGUUCUAGGUCGCGUGAAGUAGCGCUGCAAGAACGAAUCCAGGAACUUGAGACACAACUUGAGGAAUACCACGGGACGACCGUACAGAUCAUUCAUGAAUUGCCUAUCGCGGAUAUAGAAUAG